UAUCCUCCUUUUAAAUAUACUUUUUGAUACCUUUUGACUAGUUCGCUAAAAUUUCUGAAACAUGUACCAGUGUUAUAAAUUUCGAAGGAAAUUACACCGAUUUGGUAAAUUAUCGUCAUCUGAGUAUAGAACAGAGGCGUCCCACGCCGUCUUACGUCGCUUUCACCGAUUCCGAGCCUUUGAUCGGUGAUGUCGCCAUGAAUCCCACUAACAUCGUCUUCGUGAGGAAAUUCCAGCUCCAAUCUCUUCCAAUCCCUUCCACGCGUAAUCACUUGCGUGCAAACUGAAUUUGUUGAUAUUGGACAGUUCCCUCACGUAGCAAUUUUGAAGAUGUAAGUGUAGCUCUGACUGAUAUCUUGAAGCUACCUCUGAUGGAUAAAAGCAAUGGCUGCAGCUUCUCUAGCAUAUCUUCAAUUGCUGUCUUUUCAAGUGCUGUUUUUGUUGUCUCCUUGAUUUUGGUUCGUCUCCUUUAUGUCUUAUACUGUAGCAGCAAGCCCUUGAGCAAAAGGGCUUCAAAACCUUUUAGUACCCUUAUUAUUUUAGGAUCAGGUGGUCAUACUGCUGAGAUGCUUAAUCUACUGGCAGUGUUACAGAAAGGUAGGUUUAAUCCAAGAUUCUACAUUGCUGCUGCUACUGAUAAUAUGAGUCUUCAAAAAGCUCAGUUGUUGGAGAAUUCCCUGGCUGCUGAGAAUGCAACAAGGGUCACUGAUACUGCACAGUUCAUGAAGAUAUAUCGGAGUAGAGAAGUUGGUCAAUCAUAUAUAACCUCCGUUUGGACUACUUUUGUUGCAAUGGUGCAUGCGCUAUGGCUAAUGAUUAAAAUUAGACCUGAAGUGAUACUUUGCAAUGGACCUGGAACUUGCAUUCCCCUCUGUGCUAUUGCAUUUAUAUUUAAGGUACUGGGAAUCAGAUGGUCAUUAAUUUUCUACGUUGAGAGUAUCGCAAGAGUGAGAAGGCUCUCCUUGAGAGGCCUGCUCCUGUACAAGUUGCGGAUGGCUGAUAAACUUUUUGUUCAGUGGCCACAGCUGCAACGACAGUAUCCCCGAGCUACCUAUGCUGGUCGACUCAUGUAACCAAUUGGUUCCUUUAAUAUCAUUAAGCAAAAGCUGCAUUCCAUGGUUCAUGGUUGUAUUGAUUAUUAUAUUUAAGUUCUCCCUGCAUUUGUUAAAGUGUUUUUAUAGGUUAAUUGAUUGCUAUUCUUUGUUUUUUCAAAAGGACAAAGGAAGAUAAGAAGAUUAAGAUAUUCGAUUACAUACAAAUUUGUUGGAUGUGAAACCGUUUCUUGAUAACUACUAAUUACUAAACUUUAAAAAUUUUCUUUG